AUGAGCAACGUGACCUAGUGGAAGCCAUCCCUGUCCAUGGCAGAGGUGGUGAACUGGACAACCUUUAAAUGUCCAUUCCAACCCAAAUUAUGCCAUGAUUAUAGGAUCCCAUGAUCAGAGGCCAGACCUGCACAGGUGUGGGUGCACCAGGCUGUUACACAACAGGCAGGAGAUGCUCUCUUUCUUAUUUUGCAAGCCCUUCCUGAUGACACCACUGUAUUUUUUUUCCCCCUGCACAUCAAGGCUACAAUUUUGGCAAACCAUCAGUGAGGACUCCAGCAUCUUUUUCCUGAGCUGUAAUAGCCAGUUUAAGUUCAGCCCCCCUUUUUUAGAUUAUAUUUCCCUAUACAGGUCACCCUCUUUAUCCACACUGAAAGGACUGACCUUCUGUUUUUCCUUUUGUGAGUAACACUGAGAGCUGCACAUAGCAAAGUUCCACAGAGUACAUCAAAUAUCCUUUCAGCAGCCUCCUGCAGUGAUGCAGCAUCAUUUGACUUUUCUGUCUAAAGCUAAAACUGUGCAGCUCUAACAGCAGAGUUUUGGUCCCUAAUCCUGGGGUACAGUUCCUCGUUAUUCUCUUCCUUCCCCUGUCACAGUGACUCCAAGUCAAGCUGCUGGGUGGACACAAUUCAGUGAAGAUCUAGCUGAAAAUAGUGAAACAGAGUUUUCCAGUCAGUGACACUUUUUUUACUCCUUGCACUAGGAUCAAACAGAGAUAGGGGAGCAGACUGUGCCAGUUCUGUGCUCUCCAGAGACCUUUGCACAUGGCCAGGAGGAUCCCAGCUAUGGAUUUAUGGAAGGCAAUACAGCAAAAUGUGCAUUGCAGCUGCUCAUCCAGAAAGCUUUUAGACAUCCCUCAAUAGUUGAGCAGCUCAGUGCCUUUAUUAAUAGUAGAAAUGUAUUUAUCAAAAGUCAUGGGUCAGCACUGUUAAAGCUCCAUAAAUCCAAUUUGCACAGGCCAUCAUUAUUUAUUUUUCCAGGUUGUUGCCUCAAAGAGGGAUACUUCCAUUAUAUAUGCCAGACUUCUCCACAGGCCUGUGUGAAACACUGUAGGAAAUACACUCUCCAGAGCAGGGUCUUCCUCUUUUGUCUGACUUCCUGAUGUGAAGGGCUGUGUUCAGGACUCAUGGACCAAAGAGCAGGAAGCAGAAGUGGUCAGCCCUGACCAUCACAGGGACACCGACACCACUUUCAGAGUGUCACUGACUCAGGCAGAAGCCGUGGCCUCAGCACAGCCAUGGUCCCUGAGGCUUCAGCACAAACACAACCCUCCCAUGUGGUUUUCUGAAUCCUCUGGGCUCUUGAUGCCACACAGGAUGAGGCAGAUGCCACUGCAGCUGUAUCUUCUGCCUGGCUGCAGGUCUUUUUGACUGGGCACGUGGAGGAAGCUUCAGCUUCUCCAGCUCCAGCUUCAGCCCCAACUCCAGCUCUGCAGCCAAAAGGAGACCCUCCCUGGCCCAAACUCACCCCUUCUGAGGCUGCCAGGCUGCUCAGGCAAAGGGAAAAGGAGCAGCCCAGACAGUCACUAAGCCAAUGACAACAUUUGCAUGUCCCCAUGUGUUUGGAGCAGCUGUCAGUCUGGAGGUGGCAUGUCCUACAGCAUCCAUCCACCCAGUUACAGUGAACACUGCAAUGCUUUUCUUGGGAACAAGCAGCUCCAAAGGACCCAAGCUGUGAAAAAAAAUAGGUCUUGUAACACGUUCUGGAUCUGACUCUGCAUUGUGUUAGAUAAACUUAAUUUAUGCUCAGGCCUUUGACUUUUUUUUUUCUCUUUUAAGAGGAAAAUAACUAGAAAUGGCAUUUCAAGAAAGUAAUUCAUAAGGGCUGAUUGGAGAUGAGCUGAUAUCUUUAACAGUGGAGUUGAAGGCUAAAUUAAUGUAGAAUGAGGACAGAAGGGUUUAUUUGUUUUCCUCUUAGAAGGAGAGCUCUGAAAAUUCAAGGAUAGUAUUGCACGGGGGCAAGGGGAAAUGAACAAGCAGUGAACAAAUUGAAGCUGGAAAUUAGCCGAAUAGUCUUUUCCCAUCCCUUGAGCUUUAUGUGCUCAAGCUUCUGCGCUGACUUCAGGGAAGUCUUCUCCUAAAUCAGAUGAGGACAUUGCCAGCUUUGAGCACACAGCCUGCUCUGACUGGGAUUUUGGUGAUGUCAGAGCUCCUGGAAAAUGACAGGCACUUCCCAAGGGGAUUUCCUUCCCAUGCCCCAAGAAUUUAUUACAAAGAGUAACAUCUUGUGAGAGGAAGCAGCAAAGAUUUUGAGCUCCAGGAGUAGAAAGCAGAAGUUGAAACUCCAUCUCCAGGGAGCUUGUGGUUGACUGGAAACAGGUCUGGAGUCCUCAGCUAAGGAGGACUUGACCAGUCAGGGAGUGGUGGUAUUUUUGCCAGAGCAAGGACUCUGAGACUGUCCCCAAGAUGCAUUAUUUCUGCUGGGGAACACAUCAGAGGUAUCCCAAGGAAAACGCAGGUAAAAGAAAACCCUUGACUCUUUUGAGAUCAGCUGGAAAAUCAGAGAAUGACUUGACCGUGCCUAUGAAAGCCACAUCUCCUGCGAGUCCUAUGAACACGGCAGAUAGGUGAGAGCAGAGAAAGCAAUGGGCUUUGCAGGAACGAGCAUUAAAUCACCCAUCAGCUGAAGGGCUGAGCCUCCGCAGUGAUUUCCCGUCUGAGCGGGGACGCGGUGGACUGUCCGGUUAUGACGGAGGGAUGUGCAUGUUUGUGCUUUCAGCUUCAACUGAUCUCCAACUACCACCUUCCUCGGCCUUCACACCCGGGAGCACCACCGGCACCACGCCAAGGCUCUGUGCCCCGUGCCCGGGAUGCUCCGACCCGCCAGGCGCAUCCCGGGGGCGAGCGGGGCGGAGCGGGGCGGAGCGCCCCGGCGGCAGCGGCGGCCCCGCCGAGCUCGGCGGGCAGCGCCGCUUCUUCCCUCCCGCUCCGUGCCUCCCGGGCCGUCGCUGCCGGUGCCGCGGGGGGCGGGCCCGGGGCGGGCCGGGGCGGGGCGGGCGGCGGAAGCGGCGGCGGCGGCGGCGGCGCUGCGGGGCGGGCGGCGGGCCCGGGGCAGCGGCGGGCGGCCAUGGCCGGGGCAGCCGGGCCGCCCCUGCCGCGGCUGCUGCUGCUGCUGCUGCAGCUCCUGGCGCUGCCCGCCGGCCGCGCCGGCCCCGACUCCCUGUAUGUCUCCGAAUACUUCUCUCAGAGUGCACAGAAGCUCUCCUUCUACAGCUGGUAUGGGAACGCCAAGCUCUUCCACUUCCACGUGCCAGAGGACACUGUGCUGCUCCGCUGGCUGCUGCAGGCGUCCCGGGGGAAAGGCCCCGAGUGCACCAGCAUGGAGAUCACUGUGCACUUUCGCCACGGAGCCCCUCCCGUCAUUAACCCUUUGGGCACUCGCUUCCCUGCCAACGCCACCGUCCGGCCCUCCUACAACAUCAGCAUCACCCUGGGCAGUGCUGUGCAGAACACCACCUUCGUGAACGUCACCACCCCCGCCGCUGGGGACUGGUUCAUCGCUGCCCACCUGCCCCAGGCUGCGGGCAGGAUCGAGGUCAAGGGUUUCUCCACUCCAUGCCCCUAUAUGUUCCAGGCAGAUAUGUUUGUGCUCAGACUCACUGAUAUGCCUGUCCUGGAGCCUGGUGUCCCCAUGCCACACACCGUUGUCUCGCCUGCUAAGCCACUGCAUGUCAAGGUCUUCGUUCCCAAGCACGCCGCAGGGAUGCGGCUCCAGCUGAGCAGCUGCGUCACCAGCGAGCAGAGAGCCUGCACUGUGCGGGUGCUGCUGGGCUCCAUCACCCUGCCCCAGUCCUUCCAGAGGAGCCUCACCUGCACAGGGAGCACCAACUGCAGCCUGGCCCUGGAGUCACCCCCCUGGGAGAAGUGGCUGCAGAUCAUGGUGGAGAGUCUCGGCACUGCCAAUGCCAGCGUGUCGGUGGAGAUGCUGGCUUCUUUCACAGUUUGCAGACCAGGAAGCACCAGUUCCUUCCUUAACUUCAUCAGCCUAAACCAGAGCCAGGCUGGUGCCAGCCCAGGAGCAGCAGGCAGCUCUGCUGCAGCCACAGGGGAGGCUCCACGCAACGCGUCCGGCCAGCGCGGCUCCUGCCUGCAGAGCCAGCCCGUGGUGAGGGAGGACCUGGACGUGGUGUCCGUGCGCUACCGGCUCCUGAACGGCCCCAGCGUGCCCGUGAGCGCCCUGUCCCCCACCCUGCUCCUGCUCAACCUCAACACGGGCAUGGACAGCGGGGGAUCCCUCGUGGUCAGCCUGCUGCUCAACAAGACAUCUGUGAGCCUGGCCAACGCCACCGUGGCAGCCUGUGUGAGUGCUGCUUCUCCAGUGCUGUCCCUCAAUGCCACACAGAACUGCAGCACAGCUUUUUCCCAGGGCUACCCUCUGAGUGUGAGCACGUCCUCUGCAGAAGCCACGCUGAUUGUCCUGUACCCACAGACCGAUGACUGGUUCCUGUCCCUGCAGCUCCUCUGCCCCAAGGGACAGGGGGAAUGUGCCAGUGCUGAAGGCAGAGUGACGGUGUUCGCGUACCUCACCCCCUGCUUCAACGACUGCGGGCCCUACGGGCAGUGCAGCCUCCUGCGCAGACACGGCUACCUCUACGCCGGCUGCAGCUGCAAGGCUGGCUGGGGUGGCUGGAGCUGCACAGAUGACACCAAGGCCCAGACCGUGGGCACACAGAACUUGGCCACGCUCCUGCUCACCCUGAGCAACCUCAUGUUCCUGCCCGCCAUUGCAGUCGCUGUCUAUCGCUUCUACCUGGUGGAGGCCUCUGUCUACACGUACACCAUGUUCUUCUCCACGUUCUACCACGCGUGUGACCAGCCGGGCGUGGCCGUGAUGUGCAUCAUGGACUACGACACCCUGCAGUACUGCGACUUCCUGGGCUCCGUGGUGUCCAUCUGGGUCACCAUCCUCUGCAUGGCCCGCCUGAAGAAGAUCCUGAAAUACGUCCUUUUCGUCUUGGGGACCCUGUUAAUUGCCAUGUCCCUGCAGCUGGACCGCAGAGGGGUGUGGAACAUGAUGGGUCCCUGCCUCUUCGCCCUCCUCAUCAUGAUUACAGCGUGGGUUCACCACGGAGCAAAGCGCAGGCACUGCUACCCCUCCUCGUGGAAGCGCUGGGUUUUCUACCUCCUCCCAGGGAUCACCUUGGCUUUCAUUGCCAUCUCGGUGUACGCCUUCAUGGAAACCAAUGAGAACUACUACUACACCCACAGCAUCUGGCACGUGCUGGUGGCUUGCAGCGUCGCUUUCUUGCUCCCUCCUCGGGACAAGCAUAAGAAGCCCUGGGCCUGGUCCCAGAAGCUCACGUGUCGCUAUCAGAUCUGCCAGAACGACCGAGAGGAGCUCUAUGCUGUGACCUGACCUGGCCUGGCCGCAGGGGUGGAGGGUUGGGGAGGCUGCUCCUGCCCGUGGCUGCGCCUCGCUCGUUGUCAGUCCUCUCAUGUGCUCGUUCCCUGGACAGGAGGGCACAGUGUGGACUGGGUUUAAAGGUGAAGAUGGUCUGGGCCGGUCUUGUGGAGGCAACUUUGAGGCCACCUCUGCUUUUCUGCUGGGGUGGGGCAGGCUCUUCAUGGUUCCAGAUCAAGGAAUAGCUUGUCCCCCACCUCCCCAUAGCCCUGGGGGAGAUCGCCAACCCUUCUUCCCCGCUGCUGCAUCCAUGAGGCUCGGGCUUAGCCCACACUGAGCUGGAGCCAAGGCUUUGGCUGCUGGGCUCUUCUCUGCACCCCAUCCUAGUAGAGGAUGUGGGACAGGGACCUCCCCUGCCAUCCUGCAGUCAGCACUUGAACCCAAGAGAAGAACACGUUUCUUCUGCUCUGGGGAGCAAAUGCUGCCGAGUGCCCUUGGUGCUGAUGGGGAGGGAGAGAGGGAGCUGAUCCCAACACGUGCUGGGCCCUUGGCUGCCAUCUCCUGGGGGUCUGGAGCCUCUCUCCCUCUGAAACAGGUGCUGCUGCUCUUACCUGGUCCUGAUUCUGUGCGGGAAGAAUGAGGCUGGGACUUGGGCCCUGGAUUCAGGAUCAGACCUGGCAGGAAUGUGAAAACCCCCGUGUGGGGACAUGCAGGAGACAGCAGCAGCAUGUGAAACCCACAGCAGUGCAGGGUUUAGACUGAGUUUAACUUCAGCUCUGGAAGGAGCCAGGCUGAUGGUGUUCAGGGGUUCACUGUUUUCCUCCUUUUGGGGGGUUUGGCACGGGCAGGGCUCUCUCUGGGGCAGCACAGGUGGUUUGGGGUGGUGCCUGAUCUGCUCCUCCAGCCUGCUGUGCCUCGGAGCCUGGAUGUGCUGCAGGCUCCUGAGGCCUCAGCAGUCCCAGCCCACCAGGAGCAUCACCAGGGGCUCCCCAGGUGGCCACGAUCUCCUUUGCAGCGUGUCUCACCUUAGCCUUACUCCAGGGCACGCAGAAAGCAAGGGCAGAACUUGGCAACCAGGGAAGUUGUCUUUGCCCAUCCUUCUUCUACAGAUAAGGGCUCAACUCCAUCCUUCCAGCUGUGUCAGCCUGCUGUGUGCUGCUGGGAGCCACUCCUCAGGAGGCUUUGGGGAGGAAAGAGCUUUUCAUGAAGGAUUUGCCUCCUCGGGGUUCCUUCUCUGCUUUGAAGAGCACCCAGCUCAGCUGUGCACUUUAUCCCUCUGCCUCCCCUUCCUCUGCAAAGUCCCCCUUUUUAAGCAGGCUCAGGACAAGUGACGGCCACUUGUCCACACCCAGCAGUGUCAUCCCCCCGCCACCCAUGUCCCCUGUCUUUCCUUGUGCUGCUGCCAUCCAGGGCAGCACGGUGGGAAGGGGGACAUGGGGCCCUCAGGGCUUCCUCCAACUUUUACCACUUUUAGGCACUUUUUUUGUCCCCUGUCUCGGUUUGCACAGCGGUGCUGAGGCCUCAGCACCGAGGCAGGGGACCACUGCUCCUUCACAGCCAUGCCGUCCAUGCCGGGCCACCAGUGGGACCUGGGGGCCACCAGACUGGUCUGGGUGCUGCCAGCGUGGCCCAGGUGCUGCCAGUGGGACCUGGGUGCCACCAGGGGGACCUGACUGCUGCCAGUGUGACUUGGGUGCCACUGGUGUCACCUGGGUACUGCCAAGGUGACCCGAGUGCUUCCAGUGUGACCCAGGUGCUCUUGGUGUGACUCAGGUGCUGCCGGUGUGGCCCAGGUGCCACCAGUGUGACUUGACUGCUGCCAAUGUGACCUGGGUGCUGCUAGUAUGACCCAGGUGUCCCCAGUGUGACCUGGGUGCCACCAGUGUGACCUGAUGCCACUGCUAUGGCUGGGUAUUGCUGGUUAUCAUAGAAAGCAAUAAUCCUCAUCGAGCUUUUCCCUUCAGGGAUUUCUGUGCUGGAAGCAGGAGAAGCUUUGGGGCAAGAAAUCCCACUGACAUGAUUGUUUAUUUUAUGUUUGAUCAUUCAUUUUUGCUUUACCCCCUCCCUGCUGAUUCGGCCUUAGUGCCUGCAGGAGGGAGGCUUAAUUAUUUUGGGUAAAAUCUGAGCAAAUUCCUGUGUCUGGGGGAAAAAAAAAAAGAAAAAAGGGUUAUUUUUUUUCUUUGCUGUUAAUACCUGUGAUUAUUUUAUACGGUAAAUUUUAAAGCUUACGGUUUUAUAAUUUAAUAAAGGUGACGGUAUUUGCGGGCA